ACCUCUCCACCGCCCUCAUCCACCAUUAACAGAGAUGUUAUUCAAAAUCCACCUCUAGACUUUCUGUAUUUUGGACUAAUCAAGAACACUGAACGAGGUAGAGGUUGUGGUCUCCAUCUUUCCCCACAACCAGUUUUAAAGCCAUCCUUUCACCAUACCCUAUGGACCAAGACCAACAACACUCUCUUCCAUCUGAUCCUUCCCUUCCACCCCAACACACAAACAACAAUCAAAACGACGACCUUUCUUCUUCAAACGCAGCAGAACCAACCACCAUCACCACCGCCUCUGCAUCAUCAUCAUCAUCAAACACCACGACCAGAAAAUCCAAAGGCAAAGGAGGUCCCGACAACAACAAGUUUCGCUACCGUGGAGUCCGACAGCGUAGCUGGGGCAAAUGGGUCGCCGAGAUCCGAGAACCGCGUAAACGGACCCGAAAGUGGCUCGGCACUUUCGCCACCGCUGAAGACGCAGCGCGUGCUUAUGACCGUGCGGCCAUUAUUCUCUACGGCUCUAGAGCUCAGCUUAACCUCCAGCCCUCCGUCUCUUCUUCUUCGUCUUCCUCUUCGUCUUCCACGCGCGGCGGGUCGUCUUCAUCUUCGUCUUCUUCGUCUACUCAAACCCUGCGGCCAUUGCUUCCUCGUCCAUCCGGGUUCGGACUCACUGCUUAUCCAUCUUCAGCAGCUCAGCCAAUUCCUUUAAUGGCGAUUGCGGCGGCUUCCUCGGGAUUCGUACCGUACGGUGGUGUUGGGGGUUACCCAACUACUUCUGCUUCCUUACUGUGCCCGAAUUCGCUGCUGCAGAAUCCACAGCAGCAGCUUAUGGUGCAACAACAACAAGAACAACAGUAUCAUCAUCAUCAUCAUCAUCAUCAGUAUCCACUCUCUGAUGGAAAUGAACAUCUAGUUCUUAAUAAUUGUGCUCAUCAUGACCCUACCACCACCACCACAUCGUAUCAGAACCCUAAUCACAACCAUCAAAAUCAAUUUCAAUCUGAACAACAACUACAAAAUCAUCAUCAGAACUGUUCUCUGGAUGAUAUUAAUACGCUGGUGGGGAUAGUGGACUCGAGCUUAUCUUUUUCUACACAACCAAUGGUUGCACCGGUGCAGGUUCCGGAUCCGAUCGGGUCGGUUAAUGGAGCUGUAUCUCCCAUGAUGUGGCCGUUGAUCAACGAUGAAGAUUACACGCCGAGUUUUUGGGAUUAUGGUGAUCCUUUCUUAUUCGAUUUCAAAGGCUUUGAUUGAUUAAAAAAAAAAAAAAAAAAAAAAUUCCUACACUGGAUUUGCUUGCAUGCAACUCUCAAUCCUGGGGGUUUGUUGAAACUUGCUUGCUUGUUUGCUUGGGCUCCAAAAGGGUUUUCGGCCGAUAUUGGAGUGAAGAAUUUCAGCUUAUAUAUAAGAUGGAAGAACGCAUCGCUAUUGAUCGAAGUAAUUAGCGAUCAGUGAUUCGAAGCAGUACUACUACUACACUUGGUGUGACUAUAUAUAUAGAGAGUGAGAGAGAGAACAAGUGAUUGCUAUGGAAAUGAUGUUGUUCUGUUCUGUUGCAUGCGGUGUUGGAUUUAAACAUGAAGGAGAUCUCAAGGGAAGGUUAGCUUAAUUAUUAUACAAGGUAAUGAAGGUUUCUUUCAUUCCUUUCAUGGAGUGUUUGGAUAUGGGUGGUUAAUUUUCGUCAUUUAUUUUAGGGUUUAUUGGAAUAGUUUCUCUGGUUUGAGGCCCAAAUUAAUAAAAGAUUAUUACUCAGUAUUGUCGAGUAAUGAAAGAAUAUUAAUGUAUU